UAUUCAAGCUAAUCUCCAAUGGGGACUGUUGAGAGAGAUGGGGACGGCAUCAGUCAAUCGCUGUUGAGAGAACCAGAAAACAAGGACUUGGGAUCAAGUUUCUGGAUUGAAUCAAAGAAGUUAUGGGUCAUCGUUGGACCUUCCAUUUUCAGCCGGCUUGCCGCAUACUCGAUGAACAUCGUCACCCAAGCCUUCGCCGGCCACCUCGGUGAAGUUGAGCUCGCCGCCAUCUCCAUAGCCAACACUGUUAUCGUUGGCUUCAAUUUCGGCCUUCUGUUGGGGAUGGCAAGCGCGUUGGAAACGCUUUGCGGUCAAGCCUUUGGCGCCAAGCAGUACCACAUGUUGGGAGUAUACAUGCAGAGGUCAUGGAUUGUUCUGUUCCUGUGUUGCUUCUUGCUAUUGCCGUUCUACAUUUUUGCCACUCCAUUACUGAAGCUGCUCGGACAGUCCGACGACGUAGCGGAGCUGUCGGGGGUGUUGGCCAUCUGGAUGAUUCCGCUUCACUUCAGCUUCGCUUUUAUGUUCCCGCUGCAGAGGUUCUUGCAGAGCCAGAUCAAGGUUCCAGUGAUUGCUUACACUUCUUUGGUGGCUCUAGGGAUCAAUGUGUUGACGAGUUGGCUUUUCGUGUACGUUCUAGAUUUCGGCGCCGUUGGUGCCGCCGUCGCGCUGGACUUAUCGUGGUGGGUCAAUGUUUUUGCUCUUUACGGCUACACUGUGCUCGGAGGCUGCCCGACCACAUGGAAAGGUUACUCAAUCCAAGCAUUCUCAGGUCUCUGGGAAUUUGUUAAGCUCUCUGCUGCUUCAGGAGUCAUGUUAUGUUUGGAAAAUUGGUACUAUAGGAUAUUGGUAUUGAUGACUGGAUACUUACAUAAUGCUACACUAGCUGUCGAUGCCUUGUCUGUCUGCAUGAGCAUCAAUGGGUGGGAGAUGAUGAUUCCUCUUGCAUUCUUUGCUGCUACCGGAGUGAGGGUGGCAAAUGAGCUUGGAGCAGGCAAUGGUAAAGCAGCCAAAUUCGCGACUGUGGUGUCGGUAGUGCACUCAACCAUAAUCGGUCUCUUCUUCUGUGUGCUGAUCAUGACUCUCCGUGACAAGGUGGCUUUGAUAUUCACUUCCAGUUCGGAUGUCCUCGAGGCAGUCAAUACCCUUUCAUAUCUCCUCGCAGUCACAAUUCUCCUUAACAGUAUCCAGCCAGUUUUAUCAGGCGUAGCAGUCGGAUCCGGAUGGCAAGCCAUAGUGGCAUACGUAAACCUUGGUUGCUACUAUAUCAUUGGACUUCCACUUGGAUUUUUGAUGGGUUGGGUUUUCAAAUUUGGUGUUAUGGGUAUAUGGGGCGGGAUGAUCUUCGGCGGGACGGCGGUUCAGACGGUGGUCUUGGCCAGCAUUGUAUCACGAAGUGAUUGGGAAAAGGAGGCUGAAAAGGCUAAGCAGAGAGUACAAAAGUGGUCUAAUCCCCAGCCAGAUGAUCAAUCAGAGGAUCAAAAUUGAUGAAAACCAGUCACCAGCAGUGACCCCUAAUUUUGAUUUUGACUUGUCUUUUAAUUUUUUUGAUAUUUAUUAUGACGAAAGUUUGUGUUAAGAGGUAAGGAAAAGGGCAAUCAGUCCCACCAUUUAAUGAUCAGUCCGGACUAAUACUCACCAUUUCAUUAAUGUAGGUGGCUGUGCCUGACAUUGUUGUUUGUCGUUUAGAAAUUGUAUAAAAUGGUGAGUAUGAGAAUUAAUAAAAUGUAGUAGUUUGGAUUGAGGCUGAUUUCUUUAUUUUCUCUUAUUUAUAUUUAAUCAAGCAGAAAAUUUAAG